UCUCUCUCUCUCUCUCAUAUCAAAUCAAUGAUUACCUCGAUUAGUUUAUGUGAAAUAACAUUAGAUUUCAUACAUUUUGAAGUGAUUUUUUAGAGUUUUAGAAAUGCAAAAACUGGAAAACUUAGUUUUGUUUGAUGAGAGUUGGCUAGAAGAAAUAAAAUGAUCAAAGCAUUAAUGGGUGCAGCAGGUUCUCUAUUGGACGAAGAGUAUUGUAAGGAGAUUGAAAAGGCUCGUCGAGAUCUUCGUGCUCUCAUCUUCAACAAAAACUGUGCUCCUAUCAUGCUUCGCUUAGCAUGGCAUGAUGCAGGGACUUAUGAUGCUAAAACAAAGACAGGAGGCCCAAAUGGAUCAAUCAGGAACAAGGAAGAGUAUAUGCAUGCAGCAAACACUGGUCUGAAAAUUGCUAUUGAUCUCUGUGAGGAAGUGAAGGCCAAACAUCCGAGAGUUACAUACGCUGAUCUCUAUCAGCUUGCUGGAGUUGUUGCAGUUGAGGUGACAGGAGGCCCCACCAUUAACUUUGCACCUGGAAGGAAGGAUUCAAAUGAGUCACCUAAUGAGGGACUUCUUCCUGAUGCCAAACAAGGUGCAAAACAUCUCCGGGAUGUGUUCUACAGAAUGGGCCUAUCUGAUAAGGAUAUAGUCGCACUUUCAGGGGCCCACACUUUGGGGAAGGCUCAUCCAGAAAGGUCAGGAUUUGAUGAGAAACCAUGGACCAAAGAUCCUUUCAAGUUUGACAACUUUUAUUUCCUGGAGCUUCUAAAGGAAGAUUCGGAUUCUGAUUCUGAUUCUGAUGGAUUACUGAAACUUCCAACUGAUAAAGCCUUACUGGAUGACCCAAACUUUCGUACCUAUGUUGAGCUUUAUGCAAAGGAUGAAGAGGCGUUCUUGAAAGACUAUGGUGAAUCACACAAGAAGCUUUCGCAGCUUGGUUUCACCCCACCUCUGUCACCGAAUGCUGCGUAUCAUUUACGAAGAUUUGUGAAAAUUAUUGCUGCUGUUUCUGUGAUCUUAAUCAGUUACACUAUCGUCUCCAUCAAUCUCGCCAAAGAAAUCAACAGAAAGUGCUAAUAAUCGUAACACACACCACCUGAUUGAGUUUCAAGGUUAUUAUGAUUUGGGAAAGAACGUUAUGUUCGCAUAAUAAUGUCGAUAAACUUUACUUUUGCACGUGGUUUGGUUAUCCUACUCUUUAGGCCAUCUCCAAUUUAUGGAACGAGUUCAAUAACUAACCAUUCCAUUUAAUCCAGUAAAUUCUACGUUAUGGAUUGCCACAUCAUUAAUUUA